GCAAGCUCCUCGAUAGGGGGGUUGCGGAUAUUAAAUGGAAUAGCCCAUUUAUAGUUCAUUAGAAAUUGCAAACGACGCAAAAUUACUGUAGAGAACUGUAGUACUAUUGCAGAAUGUUGUGAUAUUUCAUCUUUGAGUGUUCACCUGUCUUUAGAUGUUCAUUUGGGAAUAAGACAUGCCUUUUUUCACAAUAUUAACACUAUUUUCUAUUUUAGUUUCAAGAGGAAUUUAUGUGCCCUGCAAGCCAGCAUUCCGAUUUACGCCCCUGUUGUCAAUUUGCUUCACGACAAUAUUUGAGCAUAUCAAGGAAUCUGGAUUCAUUUUCACUGUGUGUGUUAACGAUGUUCCAAAUUGAAUGAUGUCUUUGCUCUGCUAUUGAAUGGGAAGGGAUUUUCAAUUUAAAGAUCAAUUUAAUGGAUUCAAUAAAAAGCAAAGCUAAUUAUUCCCGGGUUUGUCAACUGUUGGUAGAUAAAGGAGGAGAUGCUUUGAGAGAUGCUUUAAAAAAUGCUCUACAUUCGAUACGUCCACCUUCCACCUUGGCCUCCGCAUUGAAUGCCAACAGAGCGACCCUACAGAGAAUACGAUACAGUAUAAUUAAAGCCCCGCAAUGGGAUCUACUCUUCCCAAUAUCUGGUGCACCAGAUUCAAACAACUUCGAUAUUACCUUACUAACUGUCCUACUUCGAAAUAUUUGUGGAUUGUCUCCACCAGCGACUGGGUGGGAUGUUAUGCCUCCAGCUAGCGAUACAUCUAUAUCAGCAAACAUUUUGAGAGUCAAAAUGUUGAGGAAUGAAGUGUAUGGUCAUAAUCCAACUGCAAGUUUGGACGACACAACGUUUGAAAAAUUGUGGCGAGAAAUUUCGGUACCGUUGGUCAACUUGGGAAUUCCUCAAAAGGAUAUUGAUGAGUUGAAAGUGGCUCCUCUCAGCCUUGAAGAAGAAAGUUAUAUUGAAAGAUUAAAAGAAUGGAAACAACAAGACGAUGAUUUAAAAUCAGAUUUAAGUGAUGUUAAAUGUGAAGUAGUCAAGCUAAGAAAAACUGUAGAUGAGAAUGUUCAUCACUCAAAUGGCGAGAAACUCGCUAAAUUUGACUUUACUGGAAAGAUUGACGACCUUUGUAAAAAAUUUCAUGAAGGAACUAGAAAAUGGUUGUUUGAUAAACUCUCAAGUUGGUUUGUGAGUAAAGAAACCAGGGUUAUGAUCCUAACUGCAGGUCCAGGCGUUGGAAAAAGUGUUUUGUCUGGAAAGAUCUCUGAGCUGUAUAGAGAACGUAGCCAACUCGCAGCUCACCAUUUCUGCGACUUUCAAAAUUCUGAUUACAGCAAUCCUCACAGAAUCCUCCAGUCCCUUGCCAGCCAAAUGUGUGAUAAUGUUGAUGGAUUCCGUGAUAAACUAACCGAAAUCCUUUGUCGUGAACAUUCUCGGGACUCGCUGUCAGAUGCAUUUCGUGUUCUUUUAAACGAUCCACUACACUCUCUUCGCAGAAAUGAUCCAAUGUUGAUCAUUGUUGAUGCCUUGGACGAGAGCAAAACUGAUAUGAAGAGCGAAUUUUUGGAGUUGAUAUCCGAGAAAUUUUGUGAACUGCCUGAUUGGAUUAAGAUAUUCAUUUCGAGCAGACCGGAGCUACAAGUACGGAAGGUUCUUCAACAUUUACAGCCGUUUGAAAUCAGUCCUGAUGAUGAAGAUCACAAUCAAGAUAUUGAGCUUUUUAUUCGUCGUGAUUUACCUAAUCUUGAUGAUCGUAGUUUAAGGUUUUACCUUCCUGGGCACUUAUUUUUCUUCUUGAUUUGGCUGUUUACCGCGAUCUCUUGCAUGAAUAACUUGGUUUACUCUGAGCAAUGUUCGAAAAAUUGAAAUGAUUGUUACCUGAGCAAAUACUUUUCUCAGCAUUGGGUAAUUAAGCGCAAUAUAUUCAUAAAUAAAAAACCUAAAUUUUAGGUCAUCUUAUGUCAUUACUAUAGUUAAUCUCACACGUAAGGCCCAAUUACACUAUACGGGGUCUCUAUUGAAUACUGUUAAAUUUUUUAGCUGUUAAAAGGCUUUGAAUAUUUAUGUCUGAUCCAAUAAAAUCUACCAAAUGUAUCAAAACAAUGAGAUUUUACUACCAACCAUAUCUUGUUAGCGGCAAACGAAAGUGUCGUGACCAGCUAAUCCUGUGUCGUGUAAUGUGGACCUUAGUCACAGAUAAAAUUACUGUUACUUGUAUAUCUAAGAUUAUUUCAAGAUAAUUGGAAAUUUGAUUAAAACGAAGUUUAUACGUGAUUUUAGCUAAUUAGCCAAUAUUAAGUUACAUUUGAAUGUUGGCGCAACUGAUUACAUGCUAAUUCAACGAAAACAAAGGUGGACUUACAGUACUGUCCAGAAAUAACCUACCAAAAACCAGGUCAAAUCUAGGUCUGAUCGAGAUCGAAUCGUUGUGAGACGGAGGUUAAACCUCGGUUUUUCUUGGUAUGACAGACAUUUCCUAAGAUUUUUUCGAUAUUCUUAUGGUGUUGUCGUUCUCUCUGUUCAUAACAUUUCUUUCGGAAGCGAAUGGCGACUGCGAAGGUAUUUUUUUCCCUUGCGGUCGUCUGCGGUUUCUAUCUGUCCACCGCAACCGAACUGCGACGGAACCGUAACCUAACCGAACUGCAACCGCAGUGUUAGGUUACGUUAGGCUAUUUCUGGACACUACUGCAAGUUUGUGCAGUUCUGGUUUUAUCCUGGAGAUCUUGAGGCUAGAUCAUAUUUAAUCCCAGAUCAUAUUGUGGCCAAUUAUACCACUUUCGGUAUACUCAUUUUAAUAAUUGUGUUUGUUUCAAAAUUAUUAUUCCAAAACCC